AAGGCAGUAGCAAGCAGUGCGGCGACUCAUCAAAGUCUCCUUUUCAAUAUUUUGUGAUCGGGGUGCAGCAUUCGCACAGAUUCAGCAAUGAAUUCACACAACUCGAACCGCUGGAUACGGCAGUUUCAAUCAUCUCUCCCAGUUGCUGGAAUCAUGGAGACAAACACUACGCUGUGGCAGUUUCUGCUGGAAUUGCUUCUUUCCAACCAGUACUCGUCCAUCAUCACGUGGACGAACGCAGAUGGUGAAUUUAAGUUGGUCAACGCCGAAGAAGUAGCCAGAUUAUGGGGACUGCGAAAAAACAAAACAAACAUGAACUACGACAAGCUGAGCAGGGCACUACGUUACUAUUACGACAAGAAUAUCAUCAAGAAGGUCCUUGGCCAGAAGUUUGUGUACAAAUUUGUCUCGUUCCACGAAAUCGUGAAAAUGGACAAAAAGAUGUCGUAUCGGCUGAGGUCGUCGGGUGUAAUGCAGCAGCAGCAGCAGGCGCGGGCCUCCUCCGAGGUUAGCAGCUAUCUAUGGCGGCAGGCGGCAGCUGUUGCUCUGAUAUACCGGGACGACUUCUUCCCGCUUCUCCCGCCAGCCGCUCUAGAUCUAUGGAGGCGGCAGAGUCUGCAGGCCUCAGCCGCCAUCGCUUCCGCCGCCGUCUCCCCCGCGGCCACCUCCGAGGAGCCCAUCGACCUUCGCGACGUUGAGCGCAACCUGCCAAUCACUGGCGCUUCCGCCGGCCCGGCUUCGCCCCUGCCAGCCAUUCUUGUGCCGCAACCUUUGCCGAACUGGACACACACCCUACUGCCGCAACACUUCUUUCCCCCCUCGGAGCACCUUUCCGAUGAAGCAUUCGAAUAUUAUAUGUCCCUGUGGCUCGCCAAUUUCCCCAAUUUCCCCAAUUAAUUCUUAAUUAUGUGUUGCCCUUGCAAAUUGUGAGUGGGUUUUUGUUGGCUUGAAUAAAAACUACAUGUUACUUUCAUUAAAGUGAAUCUGUUCAGCUAA